UUUAUUUUAUCGCUUAUAUAGACAUUAUAAUCGCGUUGCUCGUUUUUAUUGUGUUACCAUUUAUCAUCGUCAUAGUGAAAACAAUAUAUAAUUUAACAAAAAUGUCCAAUAAUCCUGGAUCAACAUACGGAGAUGAUGCCUGUCAGAUGCCCAAUGUGGAGCUUCCUGAUGUACAAUAUGAAGAAAAACUAAAAGAUUUUCCAGAAAUUGUUGAGUACAUAAAUACACUUCAUGAUGUAAUUGACAUUCAAGCUCAAGUGCUAACAAAUGUUCGAAAUGCUUUAGCCGAUCCGCCAAAAAUUUGUUUUAAAUCUAUCAACAACAAACAUGAGUCAACUACCGUUGAUGCGGUAGCAAAAAUUGAGCUUAGUCAAUCUAAAGAAGUUUCUGAAAACAUACAAUCUAAUUUUGUUUAUGAGCCUGUUUCUGGAAUGUAUUAUGAUUAUUCGACAGGCUAUUACUAUGAUGCGGACCUAUGUUUGUAUUAUGAUGGGAACGCCGGCUGCUAUUAUCAAUACGAUGAGACAGAAAAGAAAUAUAAGCUACAUUCAUGCAGUGAUGUUUCCAAAGGCUCUAAUGAAUUAUCAGUAUGUACAUUGGGAAAUAUAACAUCAGAAUUAACAUCUGGUAAAUGUGUAAUUGGCUCACCAGUAUCUUACAAUGGGAAGAGGUAUCAGACAACUGAAAAGCAUUCACAGCUAUCUAGUCAGCAUAUAGACCUAGAGUUAUCUCACCGAAAUAAAAGAAUUAAAAAAAAUAGAUCCAAAACAUCUGAAGUUGAGCGUGAAGAAGGAGAAUGCUCUGAUGAUUCAGAUGUGCCAUCAGAGUGUUCUGCUGAUGCAAUUAUGGAAACAACUCGAAUGGGCCAUCCUGCUAUGAGAAUUAUAGUUGCUGAAAGUAAUAAUUCUAAAAUUAAAGUAGGUACAUUAUUUCUUAUAACUUGCAGUGGCGGAACAAUUGGUAGAGAAGGAAAUCAUGCUAUAGUUCUUCCAGACAUUAAUAUCAGCAAGAACCAUCUACAGCUAACUUAUGCAGAGUGUUCAAAGCUAUAUUAUGUCAUAGAUAUGGGAUCUAGAAAUGGUUCAUAUUUAAAUGGUAAACGCUUGUCAGAAUCUAAGAAACGCAGUGAUCCAAUGGAAGUAAUACAUGGCAGCUUGAUUCAAAUUGGUGGCAUCAACUUGCUUUGUCAUAUACAUUUUGGAGAUGCUACUUGUGAUUCUUGCGAACCAGGAUUAGUUCAGGCAGAACUAGCUCCUAAUUCAUUAACUAAAGAUAAUCAAAUGAAUAAAGAAGAUAUUAGAAUUCAACAUAAACGCGAACUGCAAAGAUUAAAAAAGCAUUAUGCUCUGGCAUCCAACUCAGUUCCUGUUUCGAGUUCAAAUACAUACAAUGACAGAGCUCAAACACGUAGAGAAGUAGUGGGAGUGGAUAACCCUCAUGGAAAAGAAGAAGUUGCAAGUGUAGAACAAAGCGUUAGUUCUAAGAAUAAAGGAUAUCUAAUGCUAUCUAAAAUGGGAUGGAACAGCGGAGAGGGUUUAGGAAAAGACAGCAGCGGCUUAAUAGAGCCGAUUCCAUUAAUCAGCAAUAAUGGCACUUCAGGAUUGGGCAUGAAUAUUCCUGACUUAUUAGAAAUCAACUCUGGGACUGAAAAGAAACGCAUUAAAUGGAAAAAGGCCCAAGAAAGAUUCAAGCAAUCUGCUGCCACACACAACUAGAUCAUUACUGAUUAUAAAUAAUAAAUAUGCAUUUUAACAAUAUUUUUUCUUAAAAUAUAACAUAAACAGCAUUUAUUUCGUUCUGGAAA